CUGAGCCGCUGCGAGCUGCCUGUCUGUCUCUCCCCAGAUCGAAGAUGGCGGUGUCCGUGUUCUCAAGCGUGCGCCUCCUCUCCAUCGGAGACGCCAAUGGAGACAUACAGCGACAUUCAGAGCAGCAGCCUCUACGACUGGAGAUCAAAACCAGCCAAGACGCGGCUCUUAUAAGCCUCUCGAACAAUGAGGACACAUGUGUGUUUAAGUGUUCGGUGUCACGGGAGACGGAGUGCAGUCGUGUUGGGAAGCAGUCCUUCAUCAUUACUCUGGGCUGUAACAGUGUCCUCCUGCAGUUUGCAUCUCCAGCAGAUUUCUCGUCGUUCUAUAACCUCCUGAAAAAUUGCUGUGGACACAGGGGCGAACGCUCAGUCUUCAGUGAAAGGACGGAGGAGUCCUCAGCUGUACAGUAUUUUCAGUUUUAUGGCUACCUCUCUCAGCAACAGAACAUGAUGCAGGAUUACGUCCGAACUGGAACAUAUCAACGGGCCAUCCUCCAGAACCACACCGACUUCAAGGAUAAAGUGGUUUUGGAUGUAGGUUGCGGCUCUGGGAUUCUAUCAUUUUUCGCAGCUCAGGCCGGAGCCCGUAAAGUCUAUGCUGUGGAGGCCAGCACCAUGGCUCAACAUGCAGAGGUGCUUGUGAACAGUAACAGGCUGUCAGAACGUGUUGUAGUGAUUCCUGGGAAAGUGGAGGAGGUGACCCUACCUGAGCAGGUGGACAUCAUCAUCUCUGAACCCAUGGGCUACAUGCUGUUCAACGAAAGAAUGCUGGAGAGCUAUCUACAUGCCAAGAAAUUCCUCAAGCCCAGUGGCAAAAUGUUUCCCACAAUUGGAGACGUUCACCUCGCCCCUUUCACAGAUGAGCAGCUUUACAUGGAGCAGUUUACUAAGGCCAAUUUCUGGUAUCAGCCAUCUUUCCAUGGGGUGGAUUUGUCUGCACUGAGAGGAGCUGCGGUAGAUGAAUACUUCAGACAGCCUAUUGUGGACACUUUUGAUAUCAGGAUCCUGAUGGCCAAAUCAGUGAAAUAUACAGUCAACUUUUUAGAGGCUAAAGAAGAGGAUCUUUACAAGAUAGAAAUCCCCUUCAAAUUCCAUAUGAUGCACUCAGGGCUUGUGCACGGGCUGGCUUUCUGGUUUGACGUGGCAUUCAUAGGAUCAGUGAUGACUGUGUGGCUCUCUACAGCUCCCACAGAACCCCUCACUCACUGGUACCAGGUGCGCUGUUUGCUGCAGUCACCUCUCUUUGCCAAGGCAGGUGAUACUAUGUCAGGCACCGCGCUUCUAAUCGCCAACAAGAGACAAAGCUAUGACAUUAGUGUUGUUGCUCAAGUAGACCAGACAGGCUCCAAGUCCAGCAAUCUACUUGAUCUCAAAAACCCCUUCUUCCGGUACACAGGCACAACACCGGCCCCUCCUCCAGGUUCACACUAUACCUCCCCCUCCGAGAACAUGUGGAAUACUGGGGGAACCUACAGCAUGAGCCAGGGCAUGGCUGUAUCGGGGAUGCCUGCAGCCUAUGACCUCAGCACUGUCAUUGGUGGCAGUGGGUCAACGGUGUCCCACAACAAUCUCAUCCCCCUUGGUACAGACACGCAUGCACUGAACACAGGCAUUGUGAACCACACUCACUCCAGAAUGGGCUCAAUUAUGAGCACAGGAAUCGUCCAGGGGGCCACAACUGCCCAGCAGGGUCCCAGCAGCAGCAGUUCUCAUUACCCAGUCACCAACCAGUUCACCAUGGGCGGCCCCGCUAUCUCCAUGGCAUCUCCUAUGGCCAUCCCCAGCAACACCAUGCACUAUGGGAGCUAAGGCCAACGGACAGCCUCUGCAUGUCCAGCCCCUCACCCUAACACCCCCCCCUCUUCAAACCGACUGCAGCCAAAUUCAGAAUACCAAAACAAGUGCACCAGUCUCUGAUCAUCACUUUAUCCUCCCUCUAUACAUAUAUAGAUAUACAUGUAUACGAAUAUAUAAUCUACAUUCUAUCUCUUCCUCUCACUGGUGUUUUAUUCGUACAUAUCCGUCCCGUGGCCCUAUAAUGUCAGUGCACACAGACAUUUGGCCAGUCAACAAGUCUGAGGUGUGUCACCGUUACUCUUCCCCACUACAACACACACAGCGCCUGUUCCACAACAAGACACUAGGCAGCAGCACUUGUUUGUUAGUAUGGUGAAAAAGCACAAACCAGAGACUCAAAACGCAAUGGAACAGGACUCGGACGGAAGAACGGUCGCUGGCAACGGGACAGUAUUGUUUUUUAUUUGUAAAUGCUUAACAGAUGCGCACAUAUUUCUUGUCAAACUCCCACCUUUUUAGGUGCACAAAUGCUGUCACUGACUGUGGAUAUGAACUCGAGAUCCAUUGCAGGAUCUUGCCACUUCCUUAGCCUCUGAACCAGUUCUGCUCCUUUGAAACUACACUCUUGACUUUUAUGUUUCUCAUGACAUCACCUGGACAUCGCAUCUUUAUUCGUUCAGCAUGGGCUUUAGACAGCCAGCUAGAUGUUUGUAACCUCCCAUCGCUCACCAGAAGAGUUGAACACAUGCUGUAGAUGCUCGCAAAGCUGCCUGUAGACAACCAUAGCAUAGAUAGAGAUCGUCUUUUUAUUCCAUGUCUGACUGUUCAUUGCGUUCAUGUGUGUUUUAAUGUAGUGCAGUCUCGCAUUGUGUUGCUUGGUGUUCCCUGAGGUGAAUCCUGAGCAUGGUUUAUCAAGACCACUUCUGUCAACUGCCUACCCCAACAUCAUGCAAAUCUGACUCUCUUAUAAUUGACUGAAAUUGAAUUUAGUCAGCCAGUUUAUAAGGAUGCACAGGUUUCAGGAAAAUAAGACCAGCCCCAAACCCUCAGCUAUCAGCCAAGGAGGACAACGGAGGCUAAGAAGGACAGACGGCAUUGGAGGGAGGAAGACUGAAGGAUGAAUAUUAUAAAUAGUGAGGUCUGUGGACACAUGCCGACCGCUGCAGCAGGACAGCUGUUUUGGAAUGGAAGUAUCCUAGUUUACAUCCCCAAACCCUUUUUUGUCAACUUCAGUGUGUUGUGUGACUUGUAAGAGAAAAGAGGGGAAUAGGUUCCUGACUAGCUAUAACUCUCCUCGUCUUUUCCUUCCCUAUCACUCUCCCUUCCUUUCCCUCCCACACUGGGGAUAUGAUAGCCCCCAUCAAAGACUUUGCAAGCAAUGUAUACAACUUCAGUCACAUUUUCAGUUAAUUUGGGUUUGAUUUAGCAACUAUCAUGAGACAAAACAACCAUGUCUGCUAGUUUGUAGAAUACAUUUUUUUUUUUUCUUUCACAAAAAAGCAUCAGACAAAAAAAGGAGCAAAUUAAAUGUUGGAUAAGUCUCAAAAA